CUAAAGCGUUUUCCCGCGAAUUCUGUACAAAGACCGGUUGCUCGCGGAUUUAAUUACUCUGUCAAUUAGCCAAUAAUCAUGAUUAAAGUUUAUCAUUAAUGUUAUAAAUUAGCGUUAUUUAUUUUUUUUUUUUAACUGUUAUGUGAUAUCUCUAUAAAUUCAGUAAAUACUUACUCAAGUUAAAGAUCCAAGGUCUUAUAAAUUGAGAUGAAGAUGGAUGACAAUAAAGAAACAUCUGAAGUCUGUACUGUCACAAAAGUCAUUCCGGCAAAACCAAAAAAAUUAGUCCAAGCACGUCUUCCGUUUCAAAUUUUCUCAUCACAAGAUUCUCCAAAUAGUUUAAAAUCAAACAAUAAAAAGCGUAAAUUAUCAUCACCGUCACCAAGUAGUUGUAAAUCUGACAAAGGACCUAAAAUAGCUCGAAAAGAAAAUGCAUUGGCAAAAUCAAAUAAUUGUGAAGCUGAGAAUAAAACUAGCAGUCACGAUGACACAGCUGAACUAAUUGAUCUUGAUGAUUUAGAAGAUACUGACACAGUUAUAAAUCCUAAAAAACGCGGUGAAGAUGAUAAAGGUGCGAUGAAGCCCAAUACUUUAUUAAAGUACCUUAAAAAAACAUCAGAAGACUCUUCUGAAGCUGUUGUAGUGCCAGAGAAGCAGGAAAAAAUUAAUUCAGAAGCUGUUAUCGUGCUGAGCAGGUGUGAUGAUGUGUUGAAGAGUAAGAGCAGCGAGAACAACUCGGAAAAAGAAGUAGAAGCUGAUAAAUUGAGCGAAAAGAUUGAGGAUAAGAUUGAAGAUUCGAGUGUUGAGGCGAUGGACGUUUCAAUUGUUGAUGAUUCUAACAAAGACAAGGAAGAUGAUAAGUCAACAGAUAAUCUUGAUAACAGCGACUCUGAUUUAACGACAUCUUCAUCUGAAGAUGAGGAUGAUAAAAAAUCGGAUGAUGAGAAGAAGUCCAAUGAUGAUACUGAUGAUAAAAAGAAUGAAGAUGAUGAUAAUAAAGGUGAUAAAACGCCAACUAAUAAAUCCGAGUUGGCUAAGAAACGCAGAACUUUGACGCCGAAGCAACUGUUUAGGAAAAUGGAGAGUGAAAAGAAACGCGAAGAAAGGGAAAAAGCCAAAGCUGAGAAAAAGAAACUGAGGGCUGAGGCGAAAAUGAAGAGACGAGAGAUGAAAGAAGCUGAAAAAGAGCUCAAGCGGAAGGAAAAAGAACAGAAGGAGUUGAAAAAGCAAAUGGAGAUCGAGCUCAAGCAGAAAGAGAAGGAACGCAAGGAAAAGGCCAAGGAAGAAGAUAGGCGCAAACGGGAAGAAGCUAAGGAAGAAGAAAAACGGAAGAAAGAGGAAGAAAAACUGGCUGAUGAACGCAAGAAGCAAAAAGCUGCUUCGACAUUUGUUAGUUUUUUCGUUCCGAAAAAACAGGAAGCGAAGGCUGUGGAAGAAACAGACAUUGGGGCUUGUAAUUUUAAACCUUUUGAAAUCAAAGCUUACAUGAAAGUUGCUCCUAUUUGUCGGAGGACUCUCAGUGAUGAGGAAAAAGAAUUUUUUGAUAAGCUGGGAGAUUAUAAGAUUGUUGGGAAAUUGUGGUUAGAUGAGAUUAGAAGUGAUAAGAAGAAAAUACGGCGUUCUCCUCGAACUUGGCCUUUUGAAGAUAGGGAUGACGUUGUAGUUCUGGAGGGUGAUGACGAUAAUGCUGAUGUGGUUGAUCUUGGCGUUCCUCUGGAAAGACACCGAGCCAAGUUACUUUUCUUCAGUGAAAAUCGUCGCCCACCUUACUACGGUACCUGGAGGAAGAAAAGCAAAUCGGUGAACCCUCGCAGACCAUUUGGAAAAGACGAGCACUUUGACUACGAAGUUGACUCGGAUGACGAGUGGGAGGAAGAGGAGCCUGGUGAAUCUCUCCGUGGAUCUGAUGAUGAAAAAGAUGAAGAAAAUCCUGAUGACAAUGAAUAUGAUGUUGAUAAUGAGUUUAUGGUGCCGCAUGGAUAUCUGUCUGAUGAAGAGGCGAAAGCUGAUGAAGAGGAUGAUGAAAAUUUGUCUGCAGAGUCACAAAAAUUCAAAUUGAAAAUUCUUGGCGAGCAAUUUGAGAAAGAAAUGAGCGAAAAAACUUCGAAAAUAAAAUCACGGAUAAUUGGCUGCAUCUGGUUGGGACCUUCUAAUUCAUAUCCUGAAAACACUCCACCAAAACUAGUGAGUUAUCUAACUGCAAGACAAGUCUGGGUCCGAGAGACUCCAGUAGUCCUUCAGAGCACCGGCGAACCAGAAUUAUCCGACGACUGUGAUGAGUCUUCAGCGUCAAAUAGAAAAUCCAGCGCUGCUGGAGCUAAAAAAACAAAAGUCCCAGAAGACGCUUUGCCCGACCUGAUUCGUUUGAUUCACGGAAAUACAAACGCCAGCGCGUUUCUAAUAAAAGAGUUCAUAUCUUUCUGGCACCGUAAGUACCCUCGAGACGAGCGGCGCAUAUCAAAAGUAUCCUUGCGAGAAAAGAUCCGGGAGCUGGCCAAGCGAACCGCGUGUCCAGAAGAGGGCCCUAUGCACUUGAAAACUUGCUGGUACGUUCCCGAGAGCGUGCGACAGCAGUACCUCAAAGAAGAGCUGACCCUCCCUAAUACCUGGACGUACAUCCUAAUUCCGAAGCGUAAAACAAUUGAAGUUGAAGCGGGUGACAAGGACCUAGAUCGCGAGAAGGAUAAGGACAAAGACAAAGACAAAGAGAAAGACAAGGAUAAGGAUAAAGACAAAGACAAAGACAAGGAAAAAAAGAGCACGCCACUUAUUACUCAGUUUACUAAAAAAAUUACUCAGGAAGAAAUGAAGAGACAAUUGUCUAUGAAGCCACCUUCGUUGACUCAAAAGCCUUCAAUCGUUCCAACGACGAGUAAGCCACCGAAAAGAGUCGCUUUAAUUUCAGUUGCAAGAGGCGAACAAUUUCCUAAAGCUUCUGCUUCAUCUUCCACUUCAUCAUCUUCAUCUUCAAUCAUUACCGCGUUUAAUAAAAUUAGCGCUAAAUCUCUUCCCACUCCAAAUUCAUCCACUUCAACUUCAUCAACUUCCACUUCCACUUCGUUUUCCACUUCGUCUUCAUCUUCAACAAUCACCGCGUUUAAUAAAAUCAGCGCCAAAUCUCUUCCCACUUCAACUUCAAAUACCACUUCAACUUCAACUUCACAGUCUGGAAGUUCUUGCAUGCCUAUCACUAUUGACGAUUCAUCUCAAAGUCCGCGAAAAAAUGAAUCAUCAGCGAUUGAAGUGGCGAUUAUUGAUAAUGAAAAUUUAAAAGCGGAUAAAAUUGAUAACAAUGAUGGCAAAAAUGAAGUUGUUAUUGAUAUUGAUGAUGAUGCAAAAGAGUAAAUUAUAAAUUCAGUGGUUCCGAUCUUAUUUUUCAGGGUUUGGUAUAUAAUAAUAGUCUCUGUUGUGUAAAAAAUAGUAAUUGUUGAAUGCCGUGCCGUGAGUUAAGUUGAGUUGAGAUCCCAGAAAACUUUUGAAUCUUAACACGUCGCGUGUAAGAUUGCAAUAGAAACCGAUGACUCGUCCCUUGCCACUAUGACUACUGCUUCUAUUAUUAUUAUUGUUAUUAUUAUUAUAGCAACUACUGCUGGUUCUACUUAAUACUAUUUACUAUCACUGUUACUCAGGUACUGUUUCAAUUUAAACACACUGGCAUUGGUGGGAAUCAAUGCGAUUAUUAUCGUACACGAUAAUCGAGUAAUAAAUCGAGGCGCGACUUGAAGCGGGGCCAGCAAUCAAUGGGAGAGGGAAGGUAAACCCAGUCUCGCCCUUUCUCAUGGGUAUGGCUUUUAUAUUCAUUCCUUUUUAACAAUCCUGUGAGAUUGAUACUCUGAUGCGUUUUCAUAAACUGUACACGGUCAAUAUAAUAAUACCACAAAAAUCUAUUUUAUAUCGCUUUUACUUAUUAAAAUUAUUAUUAUUUUUUUUUUCUAAUAUGUAUAGAUUAAUUGAUAAGUUUGAUAAAUGUAUAAAUAACAGUUUUUAUAUCCAACAGUGCCUCAAUUUUAUAUAUUAUGUUUAAUUUUUAUAAUUACAAAUAUAUCUCAUGUAAUUGAAUUAUAAAUAGUCAAAAAAAUCUUAAUUGUUGAAUGACGGAAUAAAUUUUUUAAGAAAAUA